ACCAGCAGCUCACACAGACAGAGCAUCCUUGCUUGGGUUUGCAGUCUUCUGCGGCAGGCAUUCUCGGAGGAAACCAGCCAAGGACUAACUACAACCAUGAGAUUGGCAGUGAUUUGCUUUUGCCUAUUUGGCAUUGCCUCCUCCCUCCCGGUGAAAGUGACUGAUUCUGGCAGCUCGGAGGAGAAGAUGCUUUACAGCAAACACCCAGAUGCUGUAGCCACAUGGCUGGAGCCUGACCCAUCUCAAAAGCAGACUCUCCUUGCACUUCAGAAUGCUGUGUCCUCUGAAGAAAAGGAUGACUUUAAGCAAGAGACUCUUCCAAGCAAUUCCAAUGAAAGCCAUGACCACAUGGAUGACGAUGAUGAUGAUGACGAUGACGACGGAGACCAUGCAGAGAGCGAGGAUUCUGUGGACUCGGAGGAAUCUGACGAAUCCCACCAUUCCGAUGAGUCUGAUGAGACCUUCACUGCUAGUACACAAGCAGACACUUUCACUCCAAUUGCCCCUACAGUCGAUGUCCCGGACGGUCGAGGUGAUAGCUUGGCUUAUGGACUGAGGUCAAAGUCUAGGAGUUUCCAGGUUUCUGAUGAACAGUAUCCUGAUGCCACAGAUGAGGACCUCACCUCUCACGUGAACAGUGGUGAGUCUAAGGAGGCCCUCAAGGUCAUCCCUGUUGCCCAGCUUCUGAGCGUGCCCUCUGAUCAGGACAGCAACGGGAAGGCCAGCCAUGAGUCAAGGCAGCUGGACGAACCAAGUCUGGAAACACACAGCCUUGAGCAGUCCAAGGAGAACAAAGCCAGCCACGAGAGCGCCGAUCAGUCAGAUGUGAUCGAGAGCGCCGAUCAGUCAGAUGUGAUCGAUAGUCAGGCAAGUUUCAAAGCCAGCCUGGAACAUCAGAGCCACAAGUUUCACAGCCACGAGGACAAGCUAGUCCUAGACCCUAAGAGUAAGGAAGAUGAUAGGUAUCUGAAAUUCCGCUUUUCUCAUGAAUUAGAUAGUUCAUCUUCUGAGAUCAACUAAAGAAGAGGCAAAAACACAGUUCCUUACUUUGCACUUAGUAAAAACAAGAAAAAGUGUUAGUGAGGGUUAAGCAGGAAUACUAACUGCUCAUUUCUCGGUUUAGUGGAUAUAUGUAUGUGGAGAAAAAAAGGUAAUAUUUUGGGCUCUUAGCUUAGUUUGUUGUUUCAUGCAAACGCCGUUGUAACCAAAAGCUUCUGCACUUUGCUCUGUACAAGAAAUGCAGAUGGCCGCUGCGUCUUAAUGAUUGUUAUUCCUUCAUGAAUAAAAUGUAUGUAGAAACAAGCAAAUUUACAGAAACAAGCAAAAUCAAAAGAGAACCUAACAGUCUAUGUCACUAUACCCUUUCAGUUUUAUAAUUAGUAUAUAUUUUGUUGUGAUUAUUUUUUGUUGGUGUGAAUAAAUCUUGUAUCUUGAA